AUUUGUUGAAGAUGUUUUACGAGUCAAGGCUGGUGACACACUUACACGUACACACACACACACUGUGUAUGUGACAAGCCAAAGAAGAGGAGCAGAGGGUUAGGAAUUGAAACUGUAGAUACGUCUCCAAGGAUCCUGUGCAUUGGCAAGAGCAGCCCGUGAUCUCCAUCAUAAGUCGGCCAUGGGGGACAGCAUGAGUAAAUCAUCCAUGCCCUUGCAGAAGUCCUCCUCCUUCCUGCCUACCAAACACGUCAACGCCCCAUCCGGCGCCAACAGGGCCCCGCCUCGCCCGAGCAUCUUCUCCACGCUGAGACGACUUCCUGUCGCCAAACCUAACGAUUUCAUACCUCUGUUCAGUGACUGCAUCGCUGCCGCCGCUUCCAGGACUCAAGAGUACCUGCUUUUCAAGGACCCCGAGGACAAGUUCCAACCCAGUCCCGAGGCGCUGACUCAGAUCUUCCUCAUGACCUACAUCUCCCAGAGUGUCCACCUCAACAUGACGGACGUCUUCAACUGCACAGCCAUGACGCCCGGGCAGCGCAUCCUGCUGGGGGCCGACUGGGUGUGGGCCGUGUUGGAGAAGCCCACAAAGAACCCUCGCAUUCAGAUCGCCGUGCAGGUGCUUCACCCGCCCGACAAGGAGGGCGACAAAGAGGAAGACCAUCUCCCGGAGAGCUGCAACGAAUCCGUCCAGAUGGCUCAGAGGGAGUCCAACGACAGGAACAUGUAUGAGCGAAUGGUGGACUUCUGCACCUCCAUCGGCAAGGACUGCUACGCCCUCUUCUUGUUCUUGGGGAAGAAACACGACAAGGGAAACAUCUACGGCCUUCUCAGCAACAACUUUGAGGCGGCCAUCGAGAAGUGCGACAAGAUCGAUCGAGCUCUUCUUGAGAACUUCUUCAAGGGCUCGCGUUACCUGCACACACCUUCUGGAAUGAUGCAGGCCAUCGUCACCAAGAAGGAGGGAGACCCUCUCACUCUCAUGAUUAAGUUCAGCUAGUCCACACCGAUAAGAAAUCACGCAUCAAAUUAGUAAUUCGCUUUUAGAAAAACAGAUUAACUACAACAUCGCGGUUUUAUCGUACGUCCAAACGUCGCCCUCAAACGAGUCAUUUUGUACUUUUUGCUAUUGUUUCAAAUACACGUCAGACUUUUCAUUGAGCAAUAAGGUCAUUUUAAAGAUUUGACUGUCUGGUGUACCGUCAUUUUAUUAUUUAAUUAUUAUUAGCAAUAUUGUACUGAGCAUUAAGGAUGUGAUCCUUACAACUCAACAGUCAAUUACAUUCUGACUUUUGGGGUUACGAUUCGAUUCAGAAUCGAUUCCCAAUUCAAACAAAUUUUCACAAUAAAAAAAAAAGGCAUUUACAUUAAAAUACAACUUUUAACACGAGUUACAGGCAUGAAGUACAGUAUACGGUGCAUCCGGAAAAUUCUCCCGACGCUUCAGUUUUUUCAUAUUGUGUUAUAUUUCAGCCUGACAUGCCCUGAGACUGGAAGGUCGUGACUUCAAACCCCGGCCGAGUCAUACCAAAAACUAUAAAAAUGGGACCUAUUACCUCCCUGCUUGGCACUCAGCAUCAAGGGUUGGAAUUGGUGCUUAAAUCAACAAAAUGAUUCCCGAGCACGACUAACGCUGCUGCUUCCUGCUCCCCUCACCUCCAAGGGGAUGGAACAAGGGAAUGGGUCAAAUGCAGAGGGUAAUUUCACAACAUCUAGUGCAGCGGUUCUUAACCUGGGUUCGAUUGAACCCUAGGGGUUCGGUGAGUCGGCCUCAGGAGUUCGGCAGAGGUCAAAACACACCCGAGUCAUCGUCUCAAUAAAAACUUGCAGGUGUGUAAUUUGUUGUGAGUUUAUGCAGUGUAGUGUGAGUUUAGUGUCGGUUUUGUUCUUUGAACAAGGUGAUGUUCAUGCACGGUUCAUUUUGUGCACCAGUAAAAAAACAUUGUAACACUUUAGUAUGGGGGACAUAUUCACCAUUAAAUAGUUGCUUAUUAACAUGCAAAUUAGUAACAUAUUGGCUCCAAACUAGUCAUUAUUAAGUACUUAUUAAUGCCUAAUUUGGCAUGGCCUCAUUAUAACCCUAACCCUCUAACCCUAACCCUAACCAAAUAACUCCAAAUUAAGUCUUUGUUACUUAGAAUAUGUUCUCCUAGUGUCCAAAAAACUCUAAAUUAAGUCUUUGUUACUUAGAAUAUGUUCUCCAUACUUAAGUGUUACCAAAAACCCAUAACUUUGUCUUGAAUUUAAAAAAAAGACGUUUUAUUUUUCACUGAGAAGGGUUCGGUGAAUGCGCAUAUGCAACUGAUGGCGUUCAGUACCUCCAACAAGGUUAAGAACCACUGAUCUAGUGUGUGUGUGACUAUCAGUGGUACUUUAACUUGAACUUUAUUACGAAAUUAAAUAAAUUAAUAUCUGUCCUCAAAAUUCUACAUAAAAUACCUAUAAUGACCCUAUGAACAUUUUUUUUUGUGUGUGUUGCAAAUAUGUUAAAAUAAAUAAAUAAAUAAAUAAGAGAUCACUUGUACAUAAGUAUUUACAGCUUUUUCUCAAUACAUUGUUGAUGUGCCUUUGGCAGCAAUUACAGCUUCCAGUCUUUUUGAAUACACAACCAUCAGCUUGGCACACCCAUAUUUGGGCAAUUCACUUCAUUUCUCUUUGCAGCACCUCUCCAGCUCCUUGUGGUUGGAUGGGAAGCGUUGGUUUUCUUUCAUCCAGGAUAGGACGUCUCUGUCACAUUGCUGUGUAUGUCAUCAAUUUAAGAGCCUUUAUACGUUAUUGAAUAAAUGUCGGUGUUCCCAUUUAACCACCAGGGGGCAUUCCCAUCUCAGUGAGUCAGUUGGUAGAGUAGACAUAAGAAAGAAAACAGUACUACGGUAAUUUCUGUGUCCUUACACAGGACAUUGUGUACAUGAAUGUGGAGUGAAUGAAUGUUCUCUGUGAAGCAUUUUGAGUGUGUAAAAAAUUGCUGUAUAAAUUUAAUUUAUUAUUAUAAUUAUUAGUAUUAUUGUGAUGGUCUGUUGUACUUUGUAAUGAACCACUCUGUUAAUUGACAGCUGUGCUUUUAUUUUGAAGGCUGCAGUACAUGUUUUGAGACAAUGCCCAUUUUGCACAGCACAAUCGUAACAUGUAACACAUCUUUUAAAAAGAAAAAAAACUUUUAGAUAGUAAAUAUUGUAUGAAAAACCAUACAAUAGAAUGUAGUACAAACAACUCCAGUAGUUUUAUGAAGCAAUGUGAUAUUAAUGUACAUCAUUUAACUUGGAGAGUGGACAUCUACCGUAUCUCCUUCUCGUUGCAUCUCCGUCAAACACACCAACAGCAGCUUCUCCACAUUUUCAUAGAUAGAUGUUUUUUAGAUAGUAUUUUCACACCAUUUGCUGGCGUUAUCCAAUCCUUCUGUUUUGUUAUGGUGCAGACUUGCAGUGUUAGUGCUAGUCUAGCUCCAAUUGUUUUAACAAGCUCGCGAGCGACAUACUCGGUCAUGUUUAUGAUGAUUUACUAUGUUAUUUCAAUAAAUGUCAUCCACUUCUUCUCAGAA